GAGGCUCUCGUUGAUCUCGACAUCCACCUUGCUUCCCCUGUGCAGAGUAUAUAUUCAGCCAGUUCGAUGCACGAGCUGCGCAGAUGAUUGGCACUGCCCUGCUCACCACCUGGUAUGAUGACAGGGCCAAGUCCAACGACGACGGCAUCGCCAUCUCAAUCACUCUGUUCAGCGGCGUAACCCUGUAUGCCUCCAUGAUCGGGGAUAACGUGACUGCCGACAAUUUUGAAUGGGCCAGGCGAAAGACAAAUACGGUCAAACGUUUCGGUACGAGCUCCUUCUGUCGGGGUCAAUCCCGAUUGGCCAAGGGAAAGCCGGCUGACGACCCUCUACUCGGGGCAGACUAUGCUCACGGAGGAGCUUUUCCUGUUCGCAUCCAAGGCUGUCCACACCCGGUUGGGGCUAUUGCUGUCUCGGGUCUCACGCAGGUAGAGGACCAUGCGUACAUCAUCGCUGUGCUCAAGCGCUACUGGCGUUGUAUCGUCUCAACGAGGGUCGGGGAAAGCAGAACUACUUCAAGCUCUUUGGAAGUCAAUGGUAGAUGACAAUGCAUCGUAGUCACCAUGUAAUCGGGCUCCUCCGCUCACACUCCUCAGCUGUACGUCGACGGAAUGCAAGGAUGAGCGAAGAGGCACAAAUCGAAGAGCCAACUUUUGGAAUAUUGUUUGAAGCUUGAAAGCAUCGUACAACAUUGAGACUUCCGAUGGCUUGCGCUGGUGGGAGAGGUUGGGGUUGCGGGGGCGCAUUCCUACUCCACUCGCCAAUGUCGAGUCGAAUGAGCGGCUGGCCUGCCGGCUUGAACUGGCGCGAGGCGCGAGCGGGAGCCGUGUUCUGGCCGCCGCUCAUCUCGAC